AUGCUCCCCAAGGCCCCGGAAUCCGACUUGCGCCAGGACUCCAACCCCCUCGUCGAGGCCCUGUUCAACUACCAGCUUCUCCACAUCGAGGCCUACAUCGUCCACGUCGACAUGGUCCUGCGCAACGAGGUUGCCUUCAAGCUGACCACAGACUCGAUAGACGCUCUGGUCGAGUACCACAAGGAGAUCCACUGCGUCGACUCCAAGGCAAACACGUACGACUGGUCUGAGAAGGACCAGCAGUGCAAGAAGCUGCACGAGGACUUUGUCCAGGCCAUCAACAAGUUUGUCUACCGCACCCACGUCUCCGCCUUGGAGGGUCUCGAGGAAGAAGGCGCCGGCGAGUUGCUCUCCGGCAAGAGCGACGAGGUCAAGAGCAACAUCAUGGGCCUGAUGAAGCCCCUGCUGCCUCCUCCCCCCGCGUUGUCGACCUCACCCGCAAACGCAAGCAUCUGGUCGCAACCCCCUACGCCAGCCCACCUGCCCGCCGUCGACGCGUGGAGGGUCCUGCCCUCGAGCCCCAGCAUCGCAUCAACGUCUCAGGAAUCAACACCCAUCUGGGCCAACAUCGGCAUGAGCGAGGUGCAAAUCCCCUCGCCGACGCCGUCCUUCACCCAGCCCUUUUCCACGGCCGGCUUCUACUACAGUGCACCGGCGAUCACGGCGCCCAUCCCGGCGCUGCCGCUUCCCAGCAUGUUCACGCCGCAAUGCGGUGUGAGCGUCGGCUACGGCGGCUUCGGCUGGGAUCGCUACCAGGAGUACGCAACGACAAUGUGA